UCUGUCAAAUUCUUUUUCACACACGCCAGCUUUGGUGCACGUGUAUUUCUAUCGUUUAGCUCGAUAAAUCCGCUAAAAUGGAUAAGCCCAACGUUCUCGCUCGCGUGGUGAAGGUCCUGGGCCGCACUGGAUCGCAGGGGCAGUGUACCCAGGUGAAGGUAGAGUUCAUCGGAGAGACUAGCCGUCAGAUCAUCAGGAACGUGAAGGGACCCGUUCGCGACGGAGACAUCCUCACCCUUCUCGAGUCUGAGCGUGAAGCCAGGAGACUAAGAUAAACAGCUCGUGGUGUAAUUUCAUUAGGUUAAGGCGCAAUAUGUAACAUCUAUCCAAAUAUGUAACAUCAAGAAACCGUCAAAGAUGACCAUCUAACUGUAACCAGCUCGUAAUAAACUAUUGUAACUUUAA